AACUUUAGAUGAUGUUGGAACUUACUGAUAAUAUAUGAAUGAAUGUAGGAGGAUUGACUGUCAUUGUCGUGCUAGUUUCUGUCAGUGUCUUGCCUUUUCUUGCACUGCACAAAACACCUCACUACUGUCUUGACUGUUGUUAGUUUAGUGAACUGUUGAAAUAACUACAAAUGCACUUUCAUCAUUAGAAUAAUACAAACGCCGAAUCAUCAGGACAGAAGGGGUAAGUAAGGCUAAGCAUACUGUGAGGAGUCUCGGUGAUGAUGACAACAUUAAUGUCAAUAAAUAAAUAAAUAAAAAAUAAUAAUCAGUGAUCCGGUUUAAAUCAUUCAUGAACUUUAGUUACAUUGCAUAACACAUGUUGCUACCAGACUGCUGCCAGAACUUCACAUACUUCAACAUCUCAUUUUUGUGUGAACUGCAUGACUGUCCCUAAUCAAAGCAGAUGUGCAUUCAGAACUGAGUCAUGGCAAACUUGAAUGCAGACCUGAGGUCUUACCUCUCAGGGUCUAAUAAAGAAACAUCAAACGAAUCCAGUGGUUUUACAGCAACAGGGAAAAAGACAUUAGAUUCAGUUACAUCCUGGUGGUCUGGUAGUGCAAGACAAAGCAAGAAUGAAGAAGAAAGUGAAACAAUGUUAACGUCAUCGGGUGAUGCUGGAGGUAAACCUGCUGAGGAAGAUGGAAACGGAUGGUUUAAUCAGGCUCAGAAAGAUCCGUUUUGUCCAACCCUGAGCAAACGACAAAGGAUACUUGGAUUCAUGACUUGUCUGGCAGCUGGUGCAUUCUGCUUUGUAUUGGCCAGUGUUUAUGCUCCAUUUAUUGUUGUCAAAGCACGUAAAUUUGCUCUGCUGUAUACCAUGGGAAGCCUAUUUACAAUCAGUAGUUUCUCGCUCCUUUGGGGGCCUUGGUACCACAUCAAGCAUCUCUUCUCAUCUCAGCGCCUGCCAUUUACAAUUGUGUACUUCACCACCAUGUUCUUAACUUUAUAUUUUGCCAUGGCGAAACAAGCAACUAUUCCAACCGCGGUCUGUGCAAUUUGUCAAGUUGUUGCUCUUUUUUGGUACAUAGUGAGUUACAUUCCUGGUGGACAAACAGGGCUCAAGUUUUUCUCCAAACUUUGCAAAGCAGCAGCAAGCAAAACGUUAUCCAGUGCAUUACCAGUGUAGAUCAAUCAAUCAAUCAAAACGAGCGCCAUCUAGAAGCUCGAGCCUGCUCAGUGAUUUUUCUACAGAUGUUCAGGUCCAGAAUGCAGGAGCGUAGUUCCUCAGCGCUGGUCAAGCCGGUGUCUCGUUUCGGUGUGUCUACAAAGGAGAGACAUCUUCUCCCACGCGAAGCCUUGCCUUGGGUGCACCAGUGUAGAUACCAUAUGAAAGAUCAGUCUGAACUCAACUAGUGGAGGCUUUUGAGCUUGUUUAUGUUGCCAUGGAGAUAGCGUUGAAGCUAGCCCACUACUACAUUUGUGUUAUUCAUUGCUGUGAGUCUCUUUUCAACAUUCUCUUCACUGAAUAUUCCUGAUGUGCCGUGCGGAUAAGAGCACCGAACUCAAGCUCUGGUGUUUAUGUUUUGCAGAGUGUGGGUUUGAAU